AAAGAUGGCGGCGCGAUCAAUGAAGUUAGUGUAGUGGAGGAACUCUAGUGUAAAAAAUUGAAAUGAUCUGGGUUUUUCUUGUUUUCGUGAGUGAUAAUAAACUAUUAUAAGCAAUGGGAAAGGGCCAGGAGCUGCUAGACGCGGCUCGUAAUGGUGAUAAGAGAACUGUUGAGAAAAUACUGGGACAAAUAACGAAAAGGAGUGGUCCUUUUCCAAGUUUAAGAAGAGGCGCUGGCGUUAAUGUUCAAGACGAUAAUGGAUACACACCACUCCACCAUGCUUGUCUCAAUGGUCACAAGGAAAUAGUUCGAUUACUUCUCUCGGUUGACGCGUCACCAUGUGUCGUGGACAAGAAAGGCGCUACGCCACUCCACCUAGCCGCGUGGAAGGGGGACUCCAAGAUAGUCGCCAUGCUCUUGGCCCAUAAGAAUCCUCCAGUCAAUAUCGAUCAGCUGACCUCGGAACACGAGACGGCAUUGCUUAUAGCCGCUCACUUUGGCUACGUGGACGUUGUGGCACAACUGAUGGCGAAGGGAGCCGAUGUGUCAGUGAGAAAUAAUAAAGAGGAGAGCGCCUUAGAUCUCGCUGCACAAUACGGAAGGUUGGAAACGGUACAGCAUCUGCUUUGCGUGAUGCCUCAACUGGUGGAGCCAUAUAAACCUCCCAAGUGUAGGGGGAGAGUAUUCUCAUCAACACCGUUGCACAGAGCAAGCAAGAACGGACGCAAGGAUGUGGUAUCGAUUCUACUGGCUGCCGGCAUAGACCCUAACAUAAGAACGUUCAAUGGCACGCCUCUUCACGAAGCCGCAUGUUUUGGCAAAGCGUCAGUGGUACGCAUAUUGCUGUCCAACGGUGCUGAUAUCAACGCGGUGGAUAGGAGAGGGAAGACUGUUUACGAUUUGCUCGCUGACUACUCCGAGGAAGCGACCAGGAGGGUCAGGAAGGUGAUAAGAGAGUUUGAGGGUAAAUCACGUAUCGCCUAUGAGAGCGAAGAGGAUCUACCACCGUUUCCCGUACAAGACUGCAGCCCUACCGGUUACCCGCCCUCCGGUAUUAUGAAAGCCCCAGAGACCCCAGAAAACACUAACACUCAUAACUUUAGCUUAUCUCCAUCUUCUUCAUAUCAGCUAACAAAAACUUCGUCUCAAAGUUUUGUUAAAAAGCUUGCUUCUAAAUGCUUGGGACUUAAAGCAAAAUUCAACUCUGCUCCUAACAUUACUAAUAAUUUGGCUAAUGAGUCGGAAGUCGAUGUGAAAUUAAAACACUGUGAGCAGAAAUCUAAUACAAACACAUUAUUAAUUGGAAAUAGUAAAUUUUUCAAAAUGCUUUCAAAGAAGGAGGAAUCCGGAGAAGUAAUUUGUAACGAUGAAUUUGACACAAUAUCUCUAGAUAGAGUAAGUACCUUACAUAGGGAUUCUGUUGUGAAUAGAAGUAAUCGAAGUUGUCCAGGAUUCAAAACUUCUUUACCUAAUAUAUCGGAAAACAAUGAGCUUAGUGAUGAAUCUACUGCCGAGUCUAUUGUUAUUACUGAAAUAAGCUGUGAUACAACUGUUACAAAUAUAAACGUUUUAACUGAAGCUAUUAAUUCUAAUGCCGUAACUGGUAGUGUAAAAUCCAAUAAAAGAAAAUCUGUUAUAUCUAACGAGUCAGAAAAUUUUGUCAAUGAAUGUUAUGAAUCAUAUGAGUUUUCUGAUCACGAGAAACCUCGUGAAAUUAAUAAACCCCAACCGCCUCCAAGACCUAAUCUGUUAGUGCGUAAAAUAAGUGACGAUAAUACCAUUUACGAAAAUGUAACUAUUACUAAACAAAAUAUUCGCCCUAUACCAGCUACUAGAACACACCUCCCGGCAAAACUUCUUGAUGAUAUAGAAAAAAAAGUUUUAUACGAAAAUGUGGCCUUGAUCCCAGUCAAGAAUCCACCAGAACAUCUAAUACCCAAGCUUAUGUCAGCACAAUUGGAAUCGGAUGAGGGAAGUACACUUUCUCGUAGUAGAACCUCAACAUUAUCUUCAGAUUCAAUGAUAGAUGAAUCUAAUUUAGAAGAUAUUUUAUUAUCACAAAAAUCCAAAUCAUUUAAACAUGGAAAAAACAUUGAAACAUAUAAGAAUAUCGCUAAGCGCGAUAUAUCUCGUACUGUUUCCAGCUCGACUGUCUCAUCUGAUAUAACUGAAGCUAGUGCAAUAGAAAAUGUCGAUUGCAGUGAUGACAACGCUAAUGAAAAAAGUAUUUAUUUAUCAAUGACCGGUACUUUGCCAAACAAAAAAACUGUUAGUCCCGAAAACAGAAAAGUGUUAUUCAGGCAUAAAACAUUCACAAACAUUGAAAUUGAUAGAAAUUCUGUAAAAGUGAAAGACUUACCAAAAUGGAAUAAUGAAAUGUUAAAAGAAACUUUAGCAAAUUACCAUAUUCGAGGUACGGGACAUUGUAUUUAUAGUGGUCCUACAGUGUCUGAAUUUAUUGAUGUGUUUAAUAGAGAUACUUUAUAUAAAGACGUUCCACCUUUUUCUAGAAUUCGUAAUAAUAAACGAGACAGUUAUUUCGAAACAGCUAUCUGCUUUUGCAAACCUAAACAUGCCAAACACCAUAAUAGUGCUGAAGAUUUACUAGAAAUAUAUCCUCACGAAGAAGAAAAAGUGACCAUUGAUUUCGAUGCACUAAGAAAAAAUCGAGAAAUGGAUAUAACUUCGUUCCGUUGUUUUUGUGAUUCAAACCAAUGUAUUUUUCAUACUGAGAAGCGAGAUAUGGGCAAUCUAGUUGUGAAAUUUUCUGCUAUUAACAAAAGUAUUUCAACACCAAACAUUACUUUAAAUAUUUCUCCUUCUUUGACAGCCAAAAGUAGUUGCAUAGUGAAAAACAAUUCAGUGCCAUCUAAUCUAGAGGAGCCAUACGCCGUAAUUAAUGUUGAAGAUAUAAUUUUGAGAAAAAAAAUUGAGCAAAAUAAUAAUAAAAAUGAUAUAGAAAGUUCUGACUAUGUUUUUAUGUCACCUUCUACGUUAUCGUCAACGACGUCCUCUGCUGUACCUUAUUCUAUAAAAGAUAUAGCGGAGGUCAUUUCCCUCGAUUCAACAUCGACAGCCACUGGCCAAUCAUGUGCUUCAGAUCGAAUGUCGCAAAUUAAAUCAAGUUCCUCGGGACACUCUGGUCAUUGGUCUUUGCAGUCGUGCCAAUCUAAUGUAACAAUAAAAUCUGACGCUUCGUUUGUGACAUGUUUCGAGGAAUCUUCGGAGGAAGAUUCCGAUCGUACUCUGCAUUCAGACGACGAAUCAUCCGAUGCCGAUACGGUAAAAUCUGACGUUAGUACAAGUAAAAGACCUUGGGUUCAUAGCGACUCUUUCAGAUUUGGCAGUAAUAAAGCUGUUAAAUACAAAAGUGAAGUGAUCGAAGAAGAGGUCGAUGUCGAUACAACAAAUACAUUGAAAGAGUCUAGUUCUAAAUUUGAAAGUGGUAUUAGUGUUGAUGGUUCGGAGAGUUCUUCGUCUGAAUGUGGAAACGAUAGUGGUGUUCCGAGGGUGGACGGGGAUGUGUCGCUUGAUGCUUCGCUUGAGCGGGGUGCGGGGGUGGGGGGUGUUCGCAGCGGGUCAGGGGGGCGGCGGCGGUGGGACGAGGCGGAGGGUACCAGCGAGGGCGAUGCGCUGAGCGUGUCCAGUGCCGCCUCUAGCUGUGCACCGCUCUAUUUGACGCAACAUCACGAGUACAACAAAGUUUCGCCCACCCCUCCCAAAAAGCCUCCACGUAGGAAUCUGUCAGUGUCUCCGACACAUGCUAAUUCACCAUCGUCCGGAUACAGUUACGAGUUAAGGCCGCACGCAAGGAGUCAAGACGACUUGGACGAUAUACCGGGUGCCAAACAUUAUUUAAAACACGGUCGCUCAGUAGACCAGUACGUAGACGGCAAGCUAACCUAUUCAGAAUACGAGGACAACCACAACUCGCCCAGAAUAGCUCCAGUGCCCAACCCUCGUCCCAGUCUCAAAAACAGAUCCCAACCUGUCGCCAUAACGGCUAUGUACGAGAAUGUUGUCAUAAAAGAACAAAACCCUAGACGCAAGUUGAGAAGGAACAAUUUCGCGCCACAGUACGAAAACUACGAGCCUAGAAUGAAUGACAAUAGGCCUAGAAAGUAUUCAAACCAAGAGAGGUCUUCUCUAGAAAGUUUAUUAGACGACCAAUCAAUGAACAGUCCGAGCGAUUGUGACAGGCAUUACGAUGGUCCGAGGGUCGAUAUACCAUUGUCGCCGACACAUUAUGAGCAACCGCCUACUCCUGAUCAUCCACCUCCGUCGGCGAAACAAGCGGAGAAUAGCAUCCACGAACGCAUAAGGCCGUUGAGUCAGGUUAGUCCUGAUUGAAUAAUUUUUAGAAGCUUUUUAUAAGUGUACGCUAUAGCACUAGUGCUUUCAAUUAGAUACGUCAUUAAAUUUUUUUUUUGGAACACAUGGCGAGUUAUCAAGCAUGUAAUUAGUUUGGUCAGUAAUAAAUGUCACAAAUAUGUUACUAUUUAAGGAUAUUUAUCAAUAUAAAUACGUUUCCGCUAAGUUAUUUUAAAAGUGAUUAAUUUGGUUCGUUAAUUUGAUCACGCUCGAAACAGUAUUAUUAAAUUGUUUAAAAAUAAAUAUACGAUUUUUCAACGAACUGACCGUUUAACUUACAAUUUAAAAGUAGCAUGUAAUCUUUAACACCUCACGAUUAUCAUUUCGAUGCAUGAUUUAUAAUAAUUUUUUUCCCACAACUUUAAUUUGAUUUCUGUUUUUAUUUUGGAACGUUUCAGCUUAUAAUGGAGGUUGUUGAAGAGAUAAGAAUUAGAAAAAAAUCACAGGGUGAUACAAUAAAGAGCUGAUGUAAAUAAUUAUUGAAAAUUGAAAAUAUAUAAUUGCCUUUCAGAUUAUAUUCUUAACCUAGUCUUUAGAAAUUAGCUAGUAAGUCUUGUACUAAAGGUGCUUUUAGGCUUAAAAUAUAUUAUGUAUUCAUGUUGUCAUUUAAAAUGUAUGUUUAUCGGAUAAGUUUUCCAUUAGGUGCUAAUUUGUUUAUUUUAGAACAUAAUUCAACUAUUUUAAUAGUGUGCCUUAUUUGAUCUGAUCAUUUGGUCCAAAGUUUCAUUUAAAAUAAAGUUGUUUUAAUAGUUCUUUUAAAACAGUAUUAGAUAAUUCGUUCGAAACGAAACGGUUCUUAAGAUAUAUAUUUUUUGUACAAAAUCGCAUUUAUAAAUUGGAUGUUUGAUAACUGAUAAUGUUUUUUUAUAAUUAUCAUAAAAUUUAAAUAUGUUUCAUGAAUUAAUGACGGUUAUAACUAGUUGUGUAGGCACAUAUAAAUACAUACAGCAGCAUUUCAGGUUUACACUUCAGAAUCGACUAAGGUUAGGGAUUAAAUUGAAUGGAAAAAUACAUGUUUUUUAAAUAACCUGAUAUGCGGCUGAUUGUACAUUUAAGUUUUACCAACAUGACAGUAUAAUAUGACAAUAACGGUAGAAUCGUAUUGUGGUAUUGUUGAAAGUAUUUCAUAAAUGAAAAUUUAUUUGUUCCAAAAAAAAUGUAUCGGUUGUUUUUUUAAUAUUACUUUUGAUUAAUUCCCAUUGAUUAAUAUUACUUUAAGUGAUGAUUUUAUUUAUAAGGUAGUCUUAUCUUACCUAUAUUUUUUUUAAAGUAUUUUGUUUCUAAUGUAAUAAAAC